AUGGUACCAUUUGCAAUUGGAUCAGGAACAGCUGGUUCUGUGACCUAUCCGGCUGUACGCUGUGGAGUGACAGCAUUGCGCCCAACAUUCGGCACAGUUGGCCGAACUGGUGUAAUGAGCUUAUCGGAAAGCUUGGAUAAGCUUGGCCCUUUCUGCAGAAGUGCCACAGAUUGUGCAAUUAUUCUAGAUGCCAUUAGAGGAAAGGACCCAGAUGACCUUUCAUCAAGAGACAAGCUUAAUACAGAUAGUUUCUUACAGGUUGUUCAUGUUCUUCCAUCAAAAGGUAAUUACAUAUUUACUUGUGCUUUAGGUCCUCUCAAUGGGAUUCCUUAUGGAUUGAAGGAUAUAAUGUCAGUUCCCAACAAAACAACAUGGGGGUCUAAAAGUUUCAAAGACCAAGUUCUUGACAGUGAAGCCUGGGUGUUCAAGAGGUUAAAGUCUGCAGGAGCAGUUCUUGUUGCAAAGCUUGUAACUGGAUCACUAGCAUAUGAUGACAUCUGGUUUGGCGGUAGGACAAGGAACCCGUGGAAUAUUGAGGAAUUCACCACGGGUUCGUCAUCAGGACCUGCUGCCUGCACCUCAGCAGGUAUACUUUUUGUAUGGCCAUUUGCAAUUGGAUCAGAAACCGUUGGUUCCAUGACUUUACCUGCUGCUCGUUGUGGCGUGGCAGCCAAGUUGCGUCCAACCUUUGGCGCUGUUGGUCGAACUGGUUUCAUGAGCCUAUCAGAAAGCUUGGGUAAGCUUGGUCCUCUCUGUAGAAGUGCUGCAGAUUGUGCUGUUAUUUUGGAUGCUAUUAGAGGAAAGGACCCGGAUGACCUCUCAUCAAGAGACAUCCCCCUUGAGGAUCCUUUCUUGGUUGACAUAACAAACCUUACUGUUGGAUAUGUUGACGACGCUGAGACGGAGACAUCAACGGAAAAGCUAAUUCGAAAAGUACGGGACAAUUUUAUCGUUGAUGCCUUCAUUGGCAAUGCAGCUGAUUGGGAGAGAGUUUGUAUGGGAAACCUUGUAGGGAUGCCAGUAAUUGUUGUUCCAGCAGGAUUUUCCCAAAUAUCUAAUCCACCUUGA